CAAAAUUUAAAAGAAAAUUAACUAAAAGUUAUAAAAAAGCCAAAAGUACUUAAAAUUUUUUUGUAAAAAGGAAAAACUUUUAAAGUGUUUCUUAAAAAAGAAAAAAACAACCACAAAAAAACAAAGUAUGACUUCAACUAUAUUACAAGCUCCUGCAACAACAACUACAACAACCACAGAAUCUAGCAACAUGGGUUGGUCUCAUGAUAAAUUGCGUUUUUCUUGCGUUGACAACAUUGGUUUAAAACAAUUAUGGAAACUAAUUGCAUUGGAUACAAAUAAUACAACAACAGCAGCAACAGCUGCAACAACAACAAGAACAACAGCAACAUCUCCUAAUACAACAACAGCAAUUAUGACAAAUACUGUUACACAAACUGAUAACAAGAAGAAUAGCAAUAAUAAAAGUUGCACUAACAACAACAACAAUAAUAACAAUAAUGAGAACAUUUCCUUUGAGAAUUGUGAAAAUAUUAAUGAUUACUUGGGUCAACGUGAUUUUGAUGCACCCAGCCGCAUGUCUUUAUUAAAAUUUCUGGCAAUUAAUGCUUUAGAAUUAAGUGCCCCAGCAACACCAGUACUACUACAACAACAACAACAGCAGCAGCAACAACAAACCAAUAACAAGCCCUCUGGUUGGUUACAGUUAUCGGGUCAUCCCGAAAGCAUAGUUCCCUGUGCAAGUGGUGUGGUGCGUAAACGUGUUAAUAGUUUUACAGACUAUGAGGUAUUGGCCUAUCAGCAACUCAGACAGGAGCCACAAACCAGUAAAAUAGUUCCCGAAUUUUAUGGCAAUGUACAAUUGGAAUCUGGUGAAAUGUUUAUAGAAUUACAGGAUUUACUAAAAGGUUUCAAAGAUCCCUGUGUUAUGGACAUUAAAAUGGGUUGUCGCACUUUUUUAGAAUCCGAAGUGGGUAAUAAAACUUUAAGACCAGAUUUAUAUCAAAAAAUGAUUAAAGUAGAUCCUAACGCACCCACUGCAGAAGAACACCAACAAAAAGCCAUUACCAAAUUGCGUUAUAUGCUAUUUCGUGAAGCUAUGUCCUCUUCACAAUCCAAAGGAUUUCGCAUAGAGGCCUUGCGUUUAAAAGGUAAACCACCGAUGAAAGAUUUAAAGACGGUACGUUCGAAUGAACAAAUUACUCAAACUAUAGAGGAAUUUGUGAGUCAAAAGAAAUCGGUACAAAAGGAUUUGCUGAAACGUUUAAAACACAUGCGUGCUGUCAUGGAGAAAUCAAAAUUCUUUCAAACCCAUGAAAUUGUGGGUUCUAGCAUAUUUAUAGUUUAUGAUGAUACUAAAGUUGGCUGCUGGCUAAUAGAUUUUGCCAAAUCUAGACCAUUGCCGCAACAAUUAACACUUAAUCAUCGUUCUGAAUGGAUGCCGGGUAAUCGUGAGGAGGGUUUGUUGAAAGGCAUGGAUGAACUUAUAAAUGCUUUUGAAAUGGUUUAUAACAAACAGCAUUCAUCUUCUUCUUUAGGCCGCAAAUUUUUACAAAUUUAAGAAUAUUUU